AUGUCCUCAUAUACAAACGUUCACAUACCAGAACGUUUUCAUAUCCGACCGUCCUCAUAUCUAAACGUUCUCAUAUCCAAACAUUCUCAUAUCCGACCGUCCUCAUAUCCAAACGUUCUCAUAUCCGAACGUUCUCAUAUCCAAACGUUCCCAUAUCCGAACAUCCUCAUAUCCAAACGUUCUUAUAUCCGAACGUCCUCAUAUCCAAACGUUCUCAUAUCCAAACUUCUCAUAUCCGUCCUCAUAUCCAAACGUCCACAUAUCCAAACGUACUCAUAUCCAAACGUUCUCAUAUCCAUACGUUCUCAUAUCCAAACGUCGUCAUAUCCAAAUCUUCUCAUAUCUAAACUUUCUCAUAUCCAAACGUCCACAUAUCCAAACGUUCUCAUAUCCGACCGUUCUCAUAUCCAAACGUUCUCAUAUCCGAACGUUCUCAUAUCCGACCGUUCUCAUAUCCAAACGUUCUCAUAUCCAAACGUCCUCAUAUCUGAACGUUCUCAUAUCCAAACGUUCUCAUAUCCGAACGUCCUCAUAUCCAAACGUCCUCAUAUCCAAACGUCCACAUAUCCAAACGUUCUCAUAUCCAAACUUUCUCAUAUCCGAACGUCCUCAUAUCCAAACCUUCUCAUAUCCAAACUUUCUCAUAUCCAAACGUCCACAUAUCCAAACGUUCUCAUAUCCGAACGUACUCAUAUCCAAACGUUCUCAUAUCCGACCGUUCUGAUAUGCAAACGUACUCAUAUCCAAACGUUCUCAUAUCCAAACUUUCUCAUAUCUAAACGUUCUCAUAUCCGAACGUCCACAUAUCCAAACAACCUCCACAUAUCCAAACGUUCUCAUAUCCAAACGUACUUAUAUCCGACCGUUCUCAUAUCCAAACUUUCUCAUAUCCAAACGUCCUCAUAUCUGAACGUUCUCAUAUCCAAACGUUCUCAUAUCCGAACGUCCUCAUAUCCAAACGUCCUCAUAUCCAAACGUUCUCAUAUCCAAACUUUCUCAUAUCCGAACGUCCUCAUAUCCAAACGUUCUCAUAUCCAAACUUUCUCAUAUCCAAACGUCCACAUAUCCCAACGUUCUCAUAUCCGAACGUACUCAUAUCCAAACGUUCUCAUAUCCGACCCACGAUCUAUCUAUCUAUCUAUCUAUCUAUCUAUCUAUCUAUCUGUUCCGCUAUCUAUGUUCAUCUAUCUAUUGAAUUAUGAUUAUCUAUCUAUCUAUCUAUCUAUCUAUCUAUCUAUCUAUCUAGGAUUAUAUAUAAUUCAGAAAAGGAUUAUCUAUCUAUCUAUCCUAUCUAUAUCUAUCUAUCUAUCUAUCUAUCUAUCUGAUCUAUCUAUCCAUGUUCAUAUCUAUCUUCUAUCUAUCUAUCUAUCUAUCUGUUCUAUCUAUCUAUCUAUCUAUCUAUCUAUCUAUCUAUCUAUCUAUCUAUCUAUCUAUCUGAGCCUGUUCAUUAUCUAUCUAUCAUUAUCUAUCUAUCUAUCUAUCUAUCUAUCUAUCUAUCUAUCUAUCUAUCUAUCUAUCUAUCUAUCUGAGCCUGUUCAUUAUCUAUCUAUCUAUCUAUCUAUCUAUCUAUCUAUCUAUCUAUCUGAGCCUCCUGUUCUAUCUAUCUAUAUCUAUCUAUCUAUCUAUCUAUCUGAGCCUGUUCAUUUCAUUAUCUAUCUAUCUAUCUAUCUAUGUAUCUAUCUAUAUGCGUAUAUAAUUAUCUAUCUAUCUAUUAUCUAUCUAUCUAAAGGUUUAUUCUAUCUAUCUAUCUAUCUGAGAGCCUGUUCAUUAUCUAUCUAUCUAUCUAUCUAUGUUCUAUUUUGCGUAUAUAAUAACCCCUUUAAAUCUAUCUAUCUAUCUAUCUAUCUAUCUAUCUAUCUAUCUAUCUAUCUAUCUAAAUCUGCUCAUAUCUAUCAGAUUCUGUUCAUAUCUAUCUAUCUAUCUAAAUCUGCUCAUAUCUAUCAGAUUCUGUUCAUAUCUAUCUAUCUAUCUAAAUCUGCUCAUAUCUAUCAGAUUCUGUUCAUAUCUAUCUAUCUAUCUAAAUCUGCUCAUAUCUAUCAGAUUCUGUUCAUAUCUAUCUAUCUAUCUAAAUCUGCUCAUAUCUAUCAGAUUCUGUUCAUAUCUAUCUAUCUAUCUAAAUCUGCUCAUAUCUAUCAGAUUCUGUUCAUAUCUAUCUAUCUAUCUAAAUCUGCUAUAUCUAAAUUCUGUUCAUAUCUAUCUAUCUAUCUAAAUCUAUUCUGUUCAUAUCUAUCUAUCUAUCUAAAUCUGCUCAUAUCUAUCAGAUUCUGUUCAUAUCUAUCUAUCUAUCUAAAUCUGCUCAUAUCUAUCAGAUUCUGUUCAUAUCUAUCUAUCUAUCUAAAUCUGCUCAUAUCUAUCAGAUUCUGUUCAUAUCUAUCUAUCUAUCUAAAUCUGCUCAUAUCUAUCAGAUUCUGUUUCAUAUCUAUCUAUCUAUCUAAAUCUGCUCAUAUCUAUCAGAUUCUGUUCAUAUCUAUCUAUCUAUCUAAAUCUGCUCAUAUCUAUCAGAUUCUGUUCAUAUCUAUCUAUCUAUCUAAAUCUGCUCAUAUCUAUCAGAUUCUGUUCAUAUCUAUCUAUCUAUCUAAAUCUGCUCAUAUCUAUCAAUUCUGUUCAUAUCUAUCUAUCUAUCUAAAUCUAUAUCUAUGUUCUGUUCAUAUCUAUCUAUCUAUCUAUCUAUCUAUCUAUCUAAAUCUGCUCAUAUCUAUCAGAUUCUAUUCUGUUGUAUCUAUCUAUCUAUCUAUCUAUCUAUCUAUCUAUCUAUCUAUCUAUCUAUCUAAAUCUGCUCAUAUCUAUCAGAUUCUGUUCAUAUCUAUCUAUCUAUCUAUCUAUCUAUCUAUCUAUCUAUCUAAAUCUGCUCAUAUCUAUCAGAUUCUGUUCAUAUCUAUCUAUCUAUCUAUCUAUCUAUCUAUCUAUCUAUCUAUCUAUCUAUCUAAAUCUGCUCAUAUCUAUCAGAUUCUGUUCAUAUCUAUCUAUCUAUCUAUCUAUCUAAAUCUGCUCAUAUCUAUCAGAUUCUGUUCAUAUCUAUCUAUCUAUCUAUCUAUCUAUCUAUCUAUCUAUCUAUCUAAAUCUGCUCAUAUCUAUCAGAUUCUAUUCUGUUCAUAUCUAUCUAUCUAUCUAUCUAUCUAUCUAAAUCUGCUCAUAUCUAUCAGAUUCUGUUCAUAUCUAUCUAUCUAUCUAUCUAUCUAUCUAUCUAAAUCUGCUCAUAUCUAUCAGAUUCUGUUCAUAUCUAUCUAUCUAUCUAUCUAUCUAAAUCUGCUCAUAUCUAUCAGAUUCUAUUCUGUUCAUAUCUAUCUAUCUAUCUAUCUAUCUAUCUAUCUAUCUAUCUAUCUAUCUAUCUAUCUAAAUCUGCUCAUAUCUAUCAGAUUCUGUUCAUAUCUAUCUAUCUAUCUAUCUAUCUAUCUAUCUAUCUAUCUAUCUAUCUAUCUAAAUCUGCUCAUAUCUAUCAGAUUCUGUUCAUAUCUAUCUAUCUAUCUAUCUAUCUAUCUAUCUAAAUCUGCUCCUUAUCUAUCAGAUUCUGUUCAUAUCCAUCUAUCUAUCUAUCUAUCUAAAUCUGCUCAUAUCUAUCAGAUUCUGUUCAUAUCUAUCUAUCUAUCUAUCUAUCUAAAUCUGCUCAUAUAUCUAUCAGAUUCUGUUCAUAUCUAUCUAUCUAUCUAUCUAUCUAAAUCUGCUCAUAUCUAUCAGAUUCUAUUCUGUUCAUAUCUAUCUAUCUAUCUAAAUCUGCUCAUAUCUAUCAGAUUCUAUUCUGUUCAUAUCUAUCUAUAUCUAUCUAUCUAUCUAUCUAAAUCUGCUCAUAUCUAUCAGAUUCUGUUCAUAUCUAUCUAUCUAUCUAUCUAUCUAAAUCUGCUCCUUAUCUAUCAGAUUCAUUCAUAUAUCUAUCUAUCUAUCUAUCUAUCUAUCUAUCUAUCUAUCUAUCUAUCUAUCUAUCUAUCUAUCUAUCUAUCUAAAUCUGCUCAUAUCUAUCAGAUUCUGUUCAUAUCUAUCUAUCUAUCUAUCUAUCUAAAUCUGCUCAUAUCUAUCAGAUUCUGUUCAUAUCUAUCUAUCUAUCUAUCUAUCUAUCUAUCUAUCUAUCUAUCUAUCUAUCUAUCUAAAUCUGCUCAUAUCUAUCAGAUUCUGUUCAUAUCUAUCUAUCUAUCUAUCUAUCUAUCUAUCUAUCUAUCUCAUACAUUUGCAUCUAUCUAUCUAUCUAUCUAUCUAUCUAUUGGUUCAAGUCUAUUAUAUUGUCGAUCAAAAUUAGUACAACCCAAUGUUCCUAUUAAAAUUAUUUCAAGUAUAUUCUAUCUAUCUAUCUAUCUAUCUAUCUAUCUAUCUAUCUAUCUAUCUAUCUAUCUAUCUAUCUAUCUAUCUAUCUAUCUAUCUAUCUAUAUAUUCAUUAUCUAUCUAUCUAUCUAUCUAUCUAUCUAUCUAUCUAUCUAUCUCCGUAUAUUCAUUAUCUAUCUAUCUAUCUAUCUAUCUAUCUAUCUAUCUAUCUCCGUAUAUUCAUUAUCUAUCUAUCUAUCUAUCUAUCUAUCUAUCUAUCUAUCUAUCUCCGUAUAUUCAUUAUCUAUCUAUCUAUCUCCGUAUAUUCAUUAUCUAUCUAUCUAUCUCCGUAUAUUCAUUAUCUAUCUAUCUAUCUCCGUAUAUUCAUUAUCUAUCUAUCUAUCUAUCUAUCUAUCUAUCUCUAUCUAUCUAUCUAUCUAUCAAUUGGUUAAGACUAUUAUAUCUAUCGAUCAAAAUCUAUCAAUCAAUAUCUUAUUAAAAUUAUUUCACAUAUUCUAUCUAUCUAUCUAUCUUAUCUAUUAUCUAUCUAUCUAUCUCCGUAUAUUCAUUAUCUAUCUAUCUAUCUAUCUAUCUAUCUAUCUAUCUCCUCGCAUAUUCAUUAUCUAUCUAUCUAUCUAUCUAUCUAUCUCAUAUAUUCAUUAUCUAUCUAUCUAUCUAUCUCCGUAUAUUCAUUAUCUAUCUAUCUAUCUAUCUCCGUAUAUUCAUUAUCUAUCUAUCUAUCUAUCUAUCUAUCUAUCAUCUAUCUAUCUAUCUAUCUAUCUAUCCAUUCUAUCUAUCUAUCUAUCUAUCUAUCUAUCUCCGUAUAUUCAUUAUCUAUCUAUCUAUCUAUCUAUCUAUCUAUCUAUCUAUCAGCGGUUUCUUAGAGAUUCCUUCACAGAAUUAAAUGCGUUACUAAGUUUUUUUUUUAAUCCAUGUUGUCAUUCAUAUCUAUCUAUCUAUCUAUCUAUCUAUCUAUCUAUCUAUCUAUCUAUCUAUCUAUCUAUCUAUCUAUAUAAAAGCACCAGUGUGGCAGCAAUAUUCAAACAUCUAUCUAUCUAUCUAUCUAUCUAUCUAUCUAUCUAUCUAUCUAUCUAUAGGAUUAAUAUAAGUUCUAUCUAUCUAUCUAUCUAUCUAUCUAUCUAA